UUUAACCUAUGCAAAAGUUUAGCAAUAGCGGUAACAGUAAAAUGAAUUUGUGCCACGGGCUAAUUUAAUUGUCAUUCUAGCAAUAGUUAUAAGUAUAAUAUGUGGGGUUAAAAUAAUAUUAACGCAGAAAUGCAUAAAUACCAUGACAGUUUCUUUUUAAGAUGGUCUAUUUCUAUUUGCUGACUUUUUUAAGUCGCGUGUUACUAGAGUAGAGGAAACAUGGCAUGUAUUUUAACGUAUGCAAAGGUUUAGCACUAGCGGUAGCAGUAAAAUGUAUUUGUGCCAUAGGCUAACUUUAUCUUCAUUCUAACAAUGGCUGUUACUUGUGUUAGAUGGGCUUCAACUUCCAGAUUGGGUUUAUUUUGUCGCUGUGCUUUUAAAAAAAAGAAGAUGAGCAACUUUUCAUACCUUAUAGAUGUGCUUGUUUGGAAAGACAUUCAGUUAUCUGGCAUAGCAAGUCGAGGUUGCUGUUCAAGUGAUGUUAUAUAUAGUAUUAAGGAUGCCAUUCAUGGUGAAACAGAAGUUUUUUAUCAAAGAGGUCUUCCAGUUGUCACAGUACCUCUUCCUUCUCGUCAAGAAAAAUGCCGAUUUAUGUUAAGACCUGUGAGUAGUACAGUGAAUGAUUUUAUACAGGAUAUCAGUAAUGAAGAUCAUGGCAUUGACAGAAUUAAAAUUCAAACAACAGAUGGGGUAAGGCUAGCAGCAUCUACAAGUAUAGAAGCUCUGAUGCAGGAAGACUUUCUACUCACAAUAAAUGAUUUUGUGUAUUAUGUUAGUCCUCCACCAUUAGGUAAACUGACAUCUGAAAGAAUUCAAGAGCUAUCUGAUGUCAAACUUCAAGUAGCAAAACUUUUUGAAGUCUUGCAUGUGGAUGAACAUCAAAUUGAACAAGAAAAAAGACUGAUCAGCAACCUUGAAGAACUAAAACAGAAAUUGGAACCUCUUGAGAAAAAAAGAAUUGAGCUUGAAAGAGCAUCACAUAGAAGAACAUCAUUUCUGACUUGGACUGGACUGGGCCUCCUCGGAAUUCAGUUUGGUGUAUUGGCACGGUUGACUUGGUGGGAAUAUUCAUGGGACAUAAUGGAACCAGUUACAUAUUUUAUUACUUAUGGAACGUCUAUAGCUAUGUAUGCAUAUUUUGUAUUAUCUAAACAGGAAUACUUGUUUCCUAAUGUGAGAGAUCAAGGAUUUCUAUUAAGUUUUUAUAAAAAAGCCAGAAAACAUGGUUUGGAUGUGAAAGAAUAUAAUUCUUUGCGUGAUGCCAUAUUUGAGAAAGAAGAGGAGUUACGAAGGCUCAAAGAUCCUCUACAACUUCAUCUACCUAUCAGAGAACUAAUUCGUAGGCAUAGCAAACAACUGAGUGAAUGAUCUAAAGCAGUUCUGCACAGUUUCAGUUAAAUAAGGAUAAAAAUAUGUUAAUUAUGUAGUUAGAGGUAAUUUAAGAUUUUGGAAUAAAGACAAAAGUUUAAAACUAGUUUCUGAAGAAUAAAUCUUUAUGUACAUAAUUAAAUUAUUUUCUUUACCCAGUUGAACUGGUAUUUUUGUUUUAAACACUGGAUGAAAACUACAAAGUUUCUAAUGAUAUUCUGAAAAGGAUUAAAAAAUAGUUAUGUUAACAGAAUGCUGUUUUAUUAAAAGCAGAUUUCAUAACAUUAAGCACUGCAUCAUUAUUUGCUUACAUCAGUAAUUUCAUGAACAUUAUGAAUUAUUCUGAGUUUAUUGAAACAUUGAAGGGAUAUAUUUACACUAUAAGAUAAAAAUGGCAUACCAAUUAUCUUCCAUUAUUGCCAUUAGAAUAGUACAGUAAGAAGAAAAUGUGUUGGUAAAAAAACAGAAUGUUGUUUAACUGUUUCCUUUGCCUUAAACAACUUACAGUUGAUUAUCUAACUGAUUACUGUAUUCUGUAAAUAGCCCUACGUUUUUAUUCUUUGGAUUGAAAAUUAUAAUAAUCCAAUAAAAUGUUUAUUUUCAUUUAAA